UAGGGAUCACAAGCAAGUUGAGACUUAAUGAGAGGCGAACAUUUCUUUGCGAUUUCAGCGGCGCACAACAAGCCGACAAAUCCUUUCUUCAGGCGCAGUGCUUUGACAAGUAUGAGCAACAUUACAAUUCUCCGUUGCCACUUUACGUAUUUGUUCUGUUAAAUUUUGCUGCGGUGAUUGUGGUUUGCCUUGUUUACAGUUGGUGCUGCGUGAAAUCUCGCGUGGAAAAGCUACAAGCGGCGAUAAAACCAGACGCAGAAAACCCUCGUCCACGGCCGAGAAUCGAAACUCGUCGUGUUUUUUACAUGUAUUUCCUUCAUCUCGUCGUAAGACUGUUGUUAGGGGUCGUUUUCACGGUGUUGCAAAACUUUGUGUUUUAUUCUGGCGGAUUUCAAGUCCCAUUCGUCUGCAUUUAAUCCCAAGGUUUGGAGUCAUCGAAUACCACAACAGGCGGUUCGUCAAAAAGCGAACCAACCACAAAUUGUCACAACUCCGUUGCGUCUGAAAAGAGCAAGUGCGCACAGAUGGUCCUUGUGGUUAAUGUCAUACUUGUACUUCUAGUCUUCGGGGAAAUUGUUUAUCUCGUGUUGCAAGCAUUUCGGAAAAGCAAAUUCGCGUCUGAUUCAGAAUUUUGCGCAAAUUACUUCUUUCAACAAAGCGUAACAGCUCUGACACCAGCUGGAUUUCGGCAAUGCAUGAAGAGGCGAAUUCUACAAGAGACAGAAUUUCUGGAGCCACUCAUUCACUGCGGCAAAGAACACGCAAAUGAGCGGGUAACUUUGGAUGACAUAUUCCUUGAUGUGAUCAUUUACACCGGAAGAGCAACUGACGAAUUUCUAAGGGAAUGCAAAAGGCAUCUAAUAUACGACUUCUACUUGAAGCCUGAAAGUAAGAAUGGAUCUGUUGAGAUCAAGACGCGGAGGGAGCUUUUCCUGGCUAACGAAGAUGCAGACAACCCCCGGAAAAUUCUUAUCGUUGGUCGCCCCGGUAUCGGGAAGUCGCUGCUCUGUCGAAAGUUGCUUCGGGAUUGGAGCAAAGGGGAACUUUUCCGUGAUGUUUCCGAGCGUUUUAAGUACGCCUUUAUGUUCCAAUUUCGAUCAUUCUAUGCAGAAACGACAGAGAAGAUUUCCCUUUGGCAAUUGUUGAAUCGCGCAGCUUAAAUGGAAGGACAAGUGGACGAUGGC